AAGAAAAUCACCAUUUUACCAAAUCGGAUCCGGAUACCGAUCGAAUUCCAUUGAAUGAGCGGAAGCGAGGGGAGCUCGGGGCAUUCCGGCGGCGGAGACGCGCACCCUCCGCCCCCGUUGGCGGCGACCGAGAGAGAAAAGAAGAAGGAGAAGGCGCGUGUGAGCCGGACUUCCUUAAUCCUGUGGCACGCGCAUCAAAACGACACCGUCGCGGUGAGAAAGCUCCUGGAGGAGGACCCUACGCUGGUCAACGCUAGAGACUACGACGAUCGGACCUCGCUCCACGUUGCCGCAAUCCACGGCUGGAUCGACGUCGCCAGGUGUCUUCUCGAGUACGAAGCCGAUGUCAACGCUCAAGAUCGCUGGAAAAACACUCCUUUAGCUGAUGCAGAAGGAGCAAAAAGAUCUGCCAUGAUUGAAUUAUUAAAAAAGGCCGGUGGAUUAUCUUAUGGCCAAAACGGAAGUCAUUUUGAACCAAAACCUGUGCCACCCCCUCUGCCAAAUAAGUGUGACUGGGAGAUUGACCCUAAUGAGCUGGACUUCUCGAACUCGACACUCGUAGGGAAGGGGUCUUUUGGGGAGAUUGUAAAAGCUGGUUGGAGGGGAACACCAGUAGCUGUCAAGCGCAUUCUUCCAAGCCUUUCAGAUGACAGAUUAGUAAUUCAGGACUUUAGGCACGAGGUCAAUUUGCUAGUGAAGCUUCGCCAUCCAAAUAUUGUCCAAUUUCUAGGAGCUGUUACUGAAAAGAAGCCCUUGAUGUUAAUUACAGAAUAUUUGAGAGGGGGUGAUCUGCAUCAACAUCUAAAAGGAAAAGGAGCGUUGAAUCCAUCUACUGCGGUCAAUUUUGCAAUGGAUAUAGCCAGAGGCAUGGCUUAUCUUCACAGUGAGCCAAAUGUUAUAGUACACAGAGAUCUUAAACCAAGGAAUGUUCUACUUGUCAACACAAGUGCCGACCAUUUAAAAGUAGGGGAUUUUGGGUUAAGCAAGCUCAUCAGGGUACAGCAUUCUCAUGACGUGUACAAGAUGACUGGCGAGACUGGAAGCUAUCGUUACAUGGCCCCUGAAGUAUUCAAGCACCGGAAGUACGACAAGAAGGUCGAUGUUUUUUCUUUUGCAAUGAUAUUGUACGAGAUGCUUGAAGGUGAGGCUCCAUUGUCAAAUUAUGAAGCGUAUGAAGCAGCCAGAUAUGUGUCCGAAGGACAUAGGCCAAUAUUUAGGGCAAAAAGUUUUACUCCCGAAUUGAAGGAGUUAACUGCGCAGUGCUGGUCGGCAAAAAUGAACGACAGACCUUCUUUCUUGGAGAUUCUGAAGACACUUGAAAAAAUCAAGGAAAGUUUACCGUCUGAUCAUCACUGGCACAUCUUUACAUCCUAGGUUAAUCGGACCGAUUCCUCUGUGCAAUCCCAGUUUCAAUUCUCGGAAAGCGAUUGAUUAUGCAGUUAAAAAUUCCAUUUGUUAGACGAAAUAGUCUAAACGUGUUGUGAGUGGCAGUGUUGCAUUGAUUUUUUAUUUAUUUUUCCUUGUAAUAUUAUGCAGCGCAAGCUUUGCAAACCUCGGCUAAUCUUGCACAGGCUAUUGUUACCAUGGCUUUGUAAACCUGUAUCUAGAAUUUUCACAUUUGGUUUUCUUGUUUUUUGUAUGAUAACUAGGUGUGAAGAUAUGUUUGUUGAACU